AUGAAGCAGCAGCUCGCCGACCUGGGCUACAAGCAAGAUGAAGUGCGACACCUCACGCCCUCGCAGGCCGUAGAGAUCAUUACGGCGGGCCGGCCACCUACGCCACUUUCGUCGCCCGAGGUGGCGCUCGACGCGUCCGGCCGAACCCGAGAAUCGGCCGACACGGUGCUCCUCUACAGCCUCGCCGUCGCCGCGCCGCGAGUCGCGGCCGACCGGCCGUCGACGGCGCUUUACACCCGCCGGGCGUACGCCGAUGACGCCCAUGUGCCCACCCCCACCGCUGCGGAUGUCAAGACCGAACCGGAGAGAUUGAGGACCUUCACGCGCGCCGACGUGGCCAAGCACGCCUACGAGGACGAUUGCUGGGUCAUUAUCAACAACAAGGUCUACAAUGUUUCGCAAUGGGCCGACAUUCACCCCGGCGGCAGCGCUAUUAUCCACGCUCACGCUGGAGGUGACGCGACCGACCUCUGGGUGGAGGUGGGCCACACGCCCCGUGCGCGAGCGCUGAUGGAGCGGUACUGCAUCGGCAAGGUGGCCGAGCCCAAGCGCUACAUGGGCGCGUCGUACGGCGCCAUGGACCUCGACGAGAGCGGCUACGCGCUCCCCGAGGGCACCCCCAAGGAGGACAUCCUCGAAGACGCCUCCAGCUACCGCUACAGCACUCGCUGA